AAUAAAACCCCUUAUUUUAUUAUGGUAAAAAAUCUCAUAACCAAUUGAGAAAUAAAUUUCGUGAACCUUUAUAAAUAAAGGGCAAAAUUUGAAUUUCUCGCUCCACAUUCGCUAUAUAUACAGUCUACAACAACAUUUGCAUUCCAGAAUUUGAAUUUAUCGUUCAACAGUGAGUCACAGUGAUUUCAGAAAUCCGCUCUAAAGGGACGGAGGAGUUCAGCCAUGGCUUCCGAUACUCCUCGUGCCCGCAUCGAUCAGUUCUUUUCUUCUAAAAAGAAGAGAAAGAUUCUUUCACCGGCUUCAAAAUCCGGGAGACGAGAAAAAGAAGCCAAAAACCAAUUUGAAGGCUCACCCAGCGCUAAAGGUUCUUUGGAGAACUACUUGGAGACUUCAACAGAUGGGAAUUCACCUGCAAAGUCCUUGAAUUUCACUUAUGAUGAAAAGGGUAGGCAUGCUCCCACUAAGAGAUAUUUGACUUUGGACACCACUUCCCAAGGGCAGCCACAAAGUCCCGAAACUUCCAGAGUUUCUCAGAGAUUAAAAAUCGAACCCUUGUCUGAUAUUGGUUGUGUCGGUUCAAAAGGUAUUGCGAAGGAUUUUUCUGAAACUGCGGCUGCUGCACAAAACUCUGAACUUAAGGAGUUUGCCGCUGGCUUCUUGUCAUUGUAUUGCGGUGAGUUACCGUGCAGCGUAGGUUCACAAUCGAAGACAAAGGAGAUUGCAGACAAACCACACAGUAGCACAUCUGCACUUCAGCUAGAUGAGAAAUCAUCCAACAUAAGGCAUUGUGGGGAUGACCGGAAUCAGUCCGACAUUCAAAUUGAACUGAUUUCCUCUCCCAAGGCCAUCCAGUCUAAAACUGUCAAUAAAUCUACUGAUGUUGAUUCAAAUUGUUCACAAAAGGUUCUUAUGUGCAACAAUACAUUUGCAUCACAAGCAGGUCUGAGAAAGUGUAGUUACACAUCUGCUCUUAGUACAGUGGAAUGUGAAACGCCUGGUACUUCAACUACUAGACUUGGAGUUCGAGAAACUCCUCAUUCAACACGAGGAAGCUCCUCGUUUUCUCCUGGAGAAGCAUUUUGGAAUGAAGCAAUUAUAGUUGCUGAUGGGUUGUUUCGUCCAAAUGAUGGUCUUUCUUCAUGUGUUGCUGAAAAUAGAGCUCCAAGAGUUGAUUAUGGGACGCAUAAUUCGAACAAUGCGAAAAAUGGCGACCCUAUGGGUUUGUUGGACAAUGCUGUGGAUGGAGUUGCAGAUGCAUUUUGUGAUGUUGGAAAUAAUUCUGCUGUAGGCUCACUUGGGAUGAUCGGGCAAGAUCUGAAACAGUCAGUGUCUCCUUUACCCGUGAAACAUUUUGACUUCAGUAUUGAGGGAAAUAGUUUUGAUAAGCAAACAAUAGUUGAUGCUAAGAACACCAAACCUUCUAUUUUAACUAGCAAAGAGAAUAGGUUUGCCUCGAUUAAGCCUUCCAGUUUACGAAGCUAUAAUGACAUACCUAUUUUCCCCGAAGCUCAGAUGAAUAAAGUGCUUUGUGAUGCCCAAGGAACAAUCAUUAAAUGUGUUAAUUCCAAAAGCAACGCUGAGCAUUUGAAUCAAAAUAGCCACAAUGAUAUAUCUAAUACACCGGAUAGAGAUUGUAAUAAGGUUGCUGCUAUUCAUGAAUCCAGAAGCAACUUUACUCCAGCUAGUUCUUCAAUAACGGAUUGUUCGGAUCUCAGUAACUGGCUUCCUCCUGAAAUAUGCAACAUGUACAAAAAAAAGGGAAUAUCAAAACUGUAUUCAUGGCAGGUCGACUGCCUUCAGGUGGAAGGUGUCUUGCAUAAGCGAAAUCUUGUUUACUGUGCAUCUACAAGUGCUGGUAAAAGUUUUGUUGCUGAAAUACUAAUGCUGCGGAGAAUUUUGGCAACUGGAAAAAUCGCACUUCUUGUGCUUCCAUAUGUAUCUAUCUGCGCAGAAAAGGUACAUGCGGUUUCUUUACUUAGACAGGGUCAUUUGAACCUUUUGUCUCGUGUCUUAUGCUUCAACCUUUGGAACAUGCAGGCAGAACACCUUGAAGUUCUAUUAGAGCCGGUUGAUAAGCAUGUCCGUAGUUUUUAUGGAAAUCAAGGUGGUGGAACUCUUCCCAAGGAUACAUCUGUGGCUGUCUGCACUAUCGAGAAAGCAAAUUCUUUGAUUAACAAGUUACUAGAAGAGGGACGUUUAUCGGAGCUUGGUACCAUUGUAAUUGAUGAACUGCAUAUGGUUGGUGAUCAGAAUAGAGGUUAUCUUUUGGAACUCAUGUUGACGAAACUUCGUUAUGCAGCUGGUGAAGGGAAUGUAGAUUCUUCUAGUGGAGAAAGUUCAGGGACGAGUAGUGGGAAAUCUGAUCCUGCACGUGGCCUCCAAAUUGUUGGUAUGAGCGCAACACUACCAAAUGUGGCUGCAGUUGCUGAGUGGCUACAGGCAGCUCUUUACGAGACAAACUUUCGGCCUGUUCCAUUGGAAGAAUACAUUAAAAUUGGUAGCACAAUUUACAACAAAGAAAUGGAAAUUGUUAGAACAAUGCCGAGGGCAUCCGACCUUGGUGGUAAAGAUCCAGAUCAUAUAGUUGAACUCUGCAACGAGGUUGUCCAAGAAGGUCACUCGGUGCUAAUAUUUUGUUCCAGUCGGAAAGGGUGUGAAUCAACUGCUAAGCACAUCGCGAAGCAUCUGAAAAGAUUUUCUGUAAGCCCCCGCAGUGAGCAAGGCGAGUCCUUCGAUGUUGCUUUUGCAAUUGAUGCAUUACAAAGGUCUCCUGCUGGAUUAGAUCCUGUGCUAGAAGAAACUCUUCCAUUUGGAGUUGCCUAUCAUCAUGCUGGGCUCACGGUCGAAGAAAGGGAAACUGUUGAAACAUGUUACAGGAAAGGACUUGUACGUGUCCUGACUGCUACAUCAACUCUGGCAGCUGGGGUUAAUCUGCCUGCCCGGAGAGUUAUAUUCCGACAACCACGCAUUGGUCGUGAUUUUAUUGAUGGGACAAGGUACAAGCAGAUGGCUGGGCGGGCAGGUCGCACUGGCAUAGACACAAAGGGAGAGAGUGUGCUAAUUUGCAAGCCAGAUGAAGCCAAGAAGAUACUGUCACUCCUUAAUGACAGUUGUCCUCCACUGCAUUCUUGUUUGUCAGAAGAUAGGAAUGGUAUGACCCACGCAAUUCUUGAGGUUGUUGCUGGAGGAAUUGUUCAAACUGCGAGUGAUAUUAAUCGAUAUGUAAGGUGUACCCUUCUCAAUUCUACAAAACCCUUUGAAGAUGUUGUGAAAUCUGCACAAGAUUCCCUUCGAUGGUUGUGCCAUAAUAAAUUCCUAGAGUGGAGUGAAGAGACUAAGUUAUACAGCACUACCCCCCUUGGCCGGGCGUCUUUUGGCAGUUCUCUUUGUCCAGAGGAAUCACUUAUUGUGCUGGAUGAUCUCGUAAGGGCAAGAGAAGGUUUUGUUCUUGCAUCGGAUUUGCAUUUGGUAUACUUGGUAACUCCCAUUAAUGUUGAUGUCGAACCCGAUUGGGAGCUCUAUUAUGAGAGAUACAUGCAGUUAUCUUCGCUAGACCAGUCUGUUGGCACUCGUAUUGGAGUACAAGAACCUUUUCUAAUGCGCAUGGCUCAUGGCGCGCCUCCUCGAGCUUUGCCCAGAUCAAGGAAUAAUGUCAAGGGCUUUCAGGGAAAUGAUCACAAAUUUGGGACGUCCACCCACGGCGGCAUGCUCUCAGAUGAGCAAAUGCUUAGAGUGUGUAAACGUUUCUAUGUCGCUCUUAUUUUGUCGAGGCUGGUGCAGGAAGUUCCCGUGCGAGAAGUUUGUGAAGGGUUUAAAGUUGCUAGAGGCAUGGUUCAGGCCUUACAAGAAAAUGCUGGAAGGUUUGCAUCUAUGGUUUCAGUGUUCUGUGAGAGGCUUGGAUGGCAUGACCUCGAAAGUUUAGUCGCCAAAUUCCAAAAUCGUGUUUCAUUUGGAGUUAGGGCUGAGAUUGUGGAGCUUACGGCAAUUCCUUACAUUAAGGGUUCUCGAGCUAGAGCACUUUAUAAAGCUGGUUUGCGAACACCCCAAGCUAUUGCUGAAGCAUCAAUUCCCGAAAUUCUCAAGGCACUUUUUGAAUCUUCUUCAUGGAAUGCGCAUGACUCGGCACCAAGGAAAGUGCAUGUGGGAGUUGCCAAGAAGAUUAAAAAUGGCGCUCGCAAAAUUGUUCUUGAAAAAGCUGAAGAAGCAAGAAUUGCUGCAUUCUCCGCCUUCAAAUCUCUUGGACUUGAUGUUCCUCAAUUUUCCCGCCCACUAUUAUCCAUUGCUACUGGAAAAGUCCCUAAAAAAGAGCUAACAUCGUCUUCAGGGGAGGAUUCUACGAAUAGCUAUGCUUUUCCUCAGCAUUCCGAUCAUAUCAUAAAUGCACCAUCGGUUGGGCACAAGCAUGAGAUUGCUGCAGUUAUCUCGGAAACUGCGGGUAACAAAUCUAUAGACACCCCUGUAGCUGGCUUUGCAUCGGUUGAGGAAAAAUUAGCAGGAAAUUUAGAAGGUGAAUUUCUUGUUGAAAAGCCUGUUUUAGUCAAGGAAGAGUCUAAUACCCUAGAUUACAAGCUAAGCAUUACCAAUAAUCUCAUCAGUAGUACAAAUGGGCCCACCUCUCGUCCAUUAACCGAUAUCGUCGACAUAAAAACCCAGUCCAAUGAGCAUCUUGAUCAUGUUGGGCAACAACAACAGAAAAAUGAAAAUAUUCCUGGAAGCAGACAAAACAUAGAAGAAAAGGGUCCUGUAAAUGCAAAUAGUAUUCCUGGUGGACUCGAUUCUUUUUUGGAUCAGUGGGAUGCAACUAAAGAGUUCUUUUUUGACAUCCAUUUUACUAAAAAAUCUGAAUUGAACUCAAUAGCUCCAUUUGAAAUACACGGUCUAGCCAUUUGCUGGGAAAAUUCUCCUGUGUAUUACUUAAAUAUUCCAAAGGACUUAUUCCGCUAUAGCAGCCAAGGAAAUGAGCAUGCUAUGAGCAGCAAGGAUGUUUUACAACCAAAGUUGCAGGUGGAGAUGGCCAAGAAGCGAUGGAAUAGGAUUGGGAUUAUAAUGGGGAGAAAGGAUGUCAAAAAAUUUACUUGGAACUUGAAAGUUCAGAUGCAAGUGUUUAAGAUUCCUGCUGUUGCCUUUCACAAGUUUAGCAGCCUGCAUGGUGGAAUCAAAAGUUUGGGUUUAGAUCUUAUCGACAAUUCUUAUUUUAUGUUUUCUCCAGUCCAUGUGAGGGCUGCAAUUGAUAUGUGUGUUGUGGCAUGGAUCCUUUCCCCUGACGAGGAAAAAAGUUCUUAUCCUAAUCUGGAAAAGGAAGUUAAAAGAAGGUUAUCCAGCGAUGCUGCUGCUUCUGCUAAUCGGAAUGGUAGAUGGAAGGAUCAGAUGCGAAGUGCUGCGCAUAAUGGGUGCUGCCGCAGAGUUGCACAAACUCGAGUUUUAUUUUCUGCUUUGUGGAAAUUACUAGAAUCUGAAGAACUUGUUGAACCACUUAUGACUAUUGAAGUUCGACUGGUCAACGUCCUUGCUGAUAUGGAGAUCUGGGGAAUAGGUGUAGACAUGGAAGGAUGCCUUAGAGCACGGCAUAUCCUGGGAAGAAAACUCAAGUGUCUAGAGAAGGAAGCUUACCGAUUAGCUGGCAGGAAAUUUUCACUAUCAAUGCCGGCAGACAUAGCAAAUAUUCUCUAUGAACACUUGAAGCUGCCCAUGCCAGAAGGGAGUAGAGGGAAACAACACCCUAGCACUGACAAGCAUUGUCUAGAUUUGCUCAGGAAUGAACAUCCUAUUGUCCCAGUAAUUAAGGAGCACCGGACAUUGGCUAAACUCUUGAAUUCUACUUUGGGAUCAAUUUGUUCACUAGCAAGGCUUUCUAUGAGGACACAGAAAUAUACUCUGCAUGGCCAUUGGCUCCAGACAUCAACUGCAACUGGCCGCCUUUCAAUGGAGGAGCCGAACCUCCAGUGUGUUGAGCACAUGGUCGAGUUCAAAAUGAAUGAAGAUGAGGGUGAAUCAGGUUCCGGUCAAUAUAAAAUUAAUGCCCGUGAUUUUGUUGUACCUACUCAGGAUGAUUGGUUGCUCCUAACUGCGGACUAUUCCCAGAUAGAACUAAGACUUAUGGGCCAUUUUUCAAAAGAUUAUUCAUUGAUUAAGCUCCUGACUAAUCCCCAGGCUGAUGUCUUUACCAUGAUUGCUGCGAAAUGGAAUGAGAAGCAUGAGUCCAGUGUCAGCUCACAAGAGAGAGAUCAAACAAAGAAACUGGUUUAUGGAAUUUUAUACGGGAUGGGACCUAACACACUGGCAGAACAGUUGGAUUGCCACCCGGAUGAAGCUGCAGCAAGAAUUCGAAACUUUAAGAAAUCUUUUCCAGCUGUUGCUUCCUGGCUUCAAGAAGUUGUGACAUCUUGCCAUAAGAAAGGCUUUGUGGAAACUCUCAAGGGCCGGAAGCGUUUCUUGGCAAAAAUUAAAUUUGGAAACAGUAAAGAAAAAUCCAAAGCUCAGAGACAAGCUGUGAAUUCUCUAUGUCAGGGAUCUGCUGCCGACAUAAUAAAAAUCGCGAUGAUAUGCUUAUCGGAUAUGAUUGGUGAGGAUGUUGAUGCAUCUUUUCCUAGUUUCGUGGAUGCUGAAAAAUUUCAAAUGCUUAAAGGUCGCUGUCGAAUCCUUCUACAGGUACAUGAUGAAUUGGUACUGGAAGCUGAUCCUUCGGUUGUCAGAGAAGCUGGGUUGUUGCUACAAACAUGCAUGGAACGUGCUGUGUCACUUCUUGUUCCUUUACCUGUCAAAUUGAAGGUUGGGAAAACGUGGGGAUCUUUGGAACCUUUUGAGCCUAAUUCUUAGAUAUUCUGGGAAUACAAAUUUGGAAGUGUUUUUGCCUCA